AUGCUCGAAGAUGAUAGAGCGUUACUCCAGUUGAUACCGGAUGAUGUUAAAAAGGUGUGGCAUGAGCAGGCACUGCGAGGAUUGAUACUCGUCAGCAUUACUUUGCAGAUCAUGUUAAGUCUACUUGGAAACAUUCGAAAAUACAAUCCAAGAACUCUAGUCAGAACCACUCUCUGGUUCGUCUACUUUUUGGCAUAUGCAGUUGUACCAGUAGCCUUAAAUAUUGCUGCCCAAAGUGCCUUAGAAGUAUGCAAAAUUAACACCCCUAAUUGGGAGCUCAUGUCUUUCUGGGCACCAUUUCUCCUUCUUCACCUUGGUGGUCCGGACUCCAUUACUGCCUACUCCUCAGAAGACAACAAGCUUUGGUUAAGACACUUGGUGUUUCUGGUUUUUCAGUCACUAGUAGCUCUCUAUAUCCUCUUGUCAUCUUGGCCAGGUUGCUCUCAUCUCCCGUUACUAAGCAUAUUCGUUUAUGUAGCCGGUUGCAUCAAAUGUUUUCAACGUCUUCAGGCUCUACGGUUAGGAAACACUGACCAUCUCCGUGAAUUAAUGCUUGGUCCCGCUGACCCUGGUCCUGACUAUGUCCAAUUCCUGGAGGACUUCCGAUUGAAAGAGUCGCAAGGUUUCAUUGUGAAGGUUGAGGAGGUUGUGGAGCCUGCUCUUCCUGUUAUUCAUGCAUCUCUUGAAAGCCGGUGUAAGGAAAUACUUGAAGCAUAUGAUCUGUUCCAAACAUUCAAGCGGCUUUUUGUUGAUCUCAUACUCACAUACGAAGAUAGGGAUAGAAGCACAUCCUAUUUCCGCCUUCUUGAUUCAGCUCGUGAAGCUUUUCGGGUUGUUGAGAUUCAAAUUGGAUUUGCAUACGACAAGCUUUACUCCAAGGCACAUGUGAUCUAUACUUACAAGGGACUCGUACUUCAUGCUACUAGUGUUUUUCUCAUUCUUCUAGUACUUUUCGGCUUCCAUUUUUACAGGGAUACACACAAUUCCGAGGCCAUUGAUGUUGCCAUCACUUACCUACUAAUUGCAGCAGCAAUUUUGAAGGAAAUCUUCGCGGUUAUUACCAUGCUUCGUUCAGAUUGGACCGAUCUCUGGUUGAACCAACAUAACCACACUCGUAACAUCCUCAUAUUCCCAUUCCUAAAGCACCCGAGUAAACAAAGGUGGUCGAAUUCCAUUGCACAAUUAGACCUACUAAGUGUUGCCCUUGGGGAGAAGCCAGCUCGUUUUUUGCCAACUCAUAAACUCUUUGGUGUAGAUAAGUAUUACCAGACUUAUAGAGAAGUUUCUGACAACCUGAAGGACAUGAUUUACAGACAUUUUUGUGAUCUACAAGCAUCUAGUAUUCACAAAGGUAGUUUUUCGCUUCAAAAGAAUGAUUGCAACACUCUUAUGUGGAGCAUCGAUGAGGUGAAAUUCGAUCAGAGCAUUCUUAUCUGGCAUAUAGCUACUGCUCUUUGCUAUUACUCAGAGGUUAACGUUAAUGAUCCAUUUGAAAUCAACCGCAUUGAAAGCAAGAACAUAUCUGAGUAUCUAGUGUAUCUUCUCAUUUCAAACCCCGAAAUGCUGCCAAUGGGUAUUGGAAUAAUCAGGUAUCGUGACACAUGUGUUGAUGCCAUCCGUUUCUUCAAUACAAAAGGUCUGAUCACAGAAAAAGCUGAAGCCAGCAGAAAGCUGCUUGAAGUUGAUUGUAAGGAAUUGUUGCCUAGUAUAGUGAAGGGGGAUCGAUCCAAGUCUGUAUUGUUUGAUGCUUGCAGACUCGCUUUAGGUUUAAGAGAUAUGGAAAGGGGACAGAUGUGGAAAGUGGUGAGUCAAGUAUGGAUCGAGAUGCUAGCUUAUACCGCUGGUCAAUGCCGAGGGUUUCACCAUUCGCAGCAGCUUGGGAGAGGUGGUGAAUUUCUGACUCAUGUUUGGUUUCUGAUGGCACAAUUAGGCAUGACAGAUCAUUUCCAGGUAUCUCAAGGCCAUGCUAAAGCUAGGUUCAAUGUGUCAUAG